AUGGUCACUUCCACGAAAGGAUUUCAUAUUGCAAUCGACAGAGGCGGCACAUUCACCGACUGUGUUGGUAAUCCCGGCACAGGAAAGCUAGAGGACGAUAUUGUUAUCAAGCUCCUGUCAGAAGACCCCGAGAACUACGACGAUGCGCCUCUGGAAGGUAUUCGCCGGCUGCUCUCCACCUUUACUGGCCGCAACAUCCCCAGGGAAGAGCCGUUGGACACGUCACAAAUUGCAAGCAUUCGCAUGGGAACCACCGUGGCGACCAAUGCGCUCCUUGAAAGGAAAGGCGAGAAGAUCGCGCUCCUAGUCACAAAAGGUUUCCAGGAUUGCCUAGAGAUCGGCAACCAGUCUCGCCCGAAGAUCUUCGACCUGGCAAUUCGGCGCCCUGAGAUGCUGUAUCAGAAAGUCGUUGAGAUCGACGAGCGUGUGACUCUAGAGGAUUAUGCAGAGGACCCCAGCCGAAACAGGACCAAGGCUCCCAGCAGAGACAAGGCGUCAGUGGAUGCAGACAUUGUAUGCGGGCUCUCAUCUGAGGCCGUGAGGAUUCUCCAAAGGCCAGUCAAGGACACGGUGCGAAGCCAGCUACAGCAGCUAUAUGACGAUGGCUUCCGGAGCAUUGCAGUCUGUCUCAUGCACGGCUAUACCUUUCCAGACCACGAAGCUUUGAUCGGCGACCUCGCUCGAGAAAUCGGCUUCGACCAUAUCAGCCUGAGCCACGCACUCAUGCCAAUGAUCAAGCUAGUCCCGCGGGCCACUUCUGCCUGUGCAGAUGCCUACCUCACGCCAACCAUCAAGAAAUACAUCGCCGGCUUUAAGGCGGGCUUCGAAGGCGGGCUGGGCGCCAAAUCCGUGCAGGAGAACGGCGGCGGCAAGGGAGCAAGGUGCGAGUUCAUGCAGUCGGACGGCGGCCUGGUCGACGUCAGCCAGUUCUCGGGCUUGAAAGCGAUCCUGUCGGGGCCAGCAGGAGGCGUUGUUGGGUACGCGUUGACCUCGUACGAUGCCGAGUCGAAGAUCCCCGUGAUCGGCUUCGACAUGGGCGGCACCAGCACCGACGUCAGCCGCUACGGGCAGGGCAGGUACGAGCACGUGUUCGAGACCACCACCGCCGGCGUCACCAUCCAGUCGCCGCAGCUGGACAUCAACACUGUCGCUGCCGGCGGUGGCUCGCGUCUGUUCUUCAGGAAUGGCCUGUUCACCGUCGGCCCCGAGUCUGCAGGGGCCCAUCCCGGUCCAGCCUGCUAUCGGAAGGGAGGCCCUCUCACCGUCACUGAUGCCAAUCUCUAUCUCGGAAGACUCACCCCAGACUUCUUCCCCAAGAUCUUCGGCAAGGAAGAAAACGAGGGGCUGAACGAGCAAACAAGCCGCCAGCAGUUUGAGGAACUCACAAAACAGAUCAACGAGAAACUGGCCGAGACUGGUGAAGGUAAAGAGAUGACCCCGGACGAGGUUGCCUAUGGAUUCAUCGAAAUUGCCAAUGAAACAAUGACACGCCCUAUACGAUCACUUACGGAAGCCCGGGGCUAUGAUACCUCAAAGCACCGCCUCGCCACCUUUGGUGGUGCUGGUGGCCAGCAUGCUGUGGCCAUUGCCGAUCGCUUGGGCAUACGCCAGAUCCUCGUGCACCGAUACUCUUCAGUACUCUCCGCCUACGGUAUGGCCUUGGCAGACGUUGUCGACGAGAGCCAGGAACCCGAAUCCCAGGUCUGGGCCGAGGGAGAAGUGCAACAACGCCUGAAAGCUAAGAUGGAGUCUUUGAAGCAAAAGGCCACCGAAAAACUGCGUGCCCAGGGCUUUGGAAACGAGUCAAUUGCCUUUGAAGAGUAUUUAAAUAUGAGAUACAGAGGAACAGAAUCGGCCCUCAUGGUAAUCAAGCCGACACCAGAAGAAGCACAAAGCCUGUACGAUGGCGACGAAUGGGCAUUCAAAAAGGCCUUUGUACAACAGCACGAGCGCGAGUUUGGAUUUAUUCUUCCGGAUAGAGACAUCAUCGUUGAUGAUGUGCGUGCCAGAGGCAUCGGCAAGAGUUUCGGGGGUCUUGACAAGUCAGUUGAUCAACAAAUAAAAGAGGCAAAGCCCGUGAAUGCCGACCCGAAAAAAAUCUAUCGGACUACGAACACCUAUUUUGAAGGCGGUCGCCGAGACACGCCAGUGUAUAAGCUGGACGAUCUCGACAUUAAUGACCGUGUCAAUGGGCCAGCCAUAGUGGCUGACAACACUCAGACGCUGGUUAUCACACCGGGAGCCAAUGCACUUGUGACAAAAACACACGUCGUGAUAAAUAUUGGAGAAAAUGAUAUCCAUGAAGUCGGGCCUGAAACGGAGAUUGUGAACCCCAUAAUGCUCAGUGUUUUUGCCCACCGCUUCAUGGCGAUAGCUGAGCAAAUGGGGCGCUCUUUGCAAAAGACGAGUGUGAGCACAAACGUCAAAGAGAGACUCGAUUAUUCCUGUGCCCUCUUUGAUUCGGAAGGCGGAUUGGUGGCAAAUGCUCCUCACUUGCCCGUGCAUCUCGGAAGCAUGUCAACGUGUGUUCGGACUCAGGCAAUUAUAUGGAAAGGAAAACUGAAACCAGGAGAUGUCAUUGUCUCCAACCACCCAGAGUUUGGAGGCACUCAUCUUCCAGACAUCACUGUCAUUACCCCGGCUUUUUCGGGAGAUGAAAUCAUCUUCUACGUUGCUUCUCGAGCCCAUCAUGCGGAUAUUGGAGGUAUACUCCCCGGUAGCAUGCCGCCUCAUUCGAAAGAGCUUUAUCAAGAGGGCGCUAGCAUUAAAUCAGAAAAGCUAGUUUCUGGGGGUCAUUUUAACGAGAAGCGGAUUACCGAACUGCUCUAUCACGACCCGGCCCAAUACGCAGACUGCAGUGGAACAAGAUGCCUGGCAGAUAAUCUAAAUGACCUCAAAGCUCAAAUUUCGGCUAAUCAAAAGGGCAUAACCCUGAUCAGUUCCCUCAUUGAGGAGUAUGGACAAGCUGGAGUGCAACACUAUAUGCACAAAAUUCAAGAGAACGCUGAAAUCAGCGUCAGGAAUCUGCUGAAGGAAAUAAGCUCCAAGUUCAAGGGCAAAGGGGACCUCUCAGCUGUGGACUAUAUGGAUGAUGGCAGCCCUAUUAAACUACGGGUCUCCAUCGAUGCUGAAGAGGGAACAGCCGUAUUUGACUUUACAGGCACUGGGCCUGAGGUAUAUGGAAACAUCAAUGCACCAGAGGCCGUAACCUACUCAGCAAUUAUAUACUGUUUACGAUGUCUGAUUUCUGAAAACAUUCCACUAAAUCAGGGUUGUCUCAAACCGAUCAAAGUGCGCAUUCCCAAAAAUUCGUUUUUGUCGCCCUCGCAAAAUGCUGCGGUGGUAGGAGGAAAUGUUCUUACUAGCCAACGAGUCACGGAUGUCAUUUUAAAGUGUUUCCAAGCUUGCGCUGCCUCACAAGGAGACACAAACAACUUGACAUUUGGCUUUGGCGGUAACGUGCCUGGGGGAGCAGAAACAAAGGGAUUUGGCUACUACGAAACUAUCGCUGGUGGGAGCGGCGCUGGGCCUGACUGGGAGGGAACGUCUGGAGUACACACGCAUAUGACAAACACUCGAAUAACAGACGCCGAGGUCUUUGAACGCCGAUACCCUGUGAUUCUUCGUCAGUUUGGCUUGCGUCAUGGCUCUGGUGGGUUAGGCCAGCAUAACGGAGGAGACGGUGUCAUCAGAGAGAUCGAGUUUCGUAUCCCCGUUCAAGUUUCGAUUCUUUCCGAGCGGCGGGUCUAUCGACCUUACGGGCUUGAAGGUGGUGAAGAUGGAGAGAAUGGGCGUAAUCUCUGGAUUCGGAAGCUCCCCAGAACUGAUAGUGAGGGCAACAAGGUCAUUGAGGACCGCAUCAUCAACUUGGGUGGCAAGAACAGUGUGAGUAUGCGCCCCGGAGAACGAAUCAUUAUAAUGACCCCUGGGGGAGGUGGCUGGGGUGUUGCUGGCGAGGAGAGCAAGGCUCGUAGAGAGCUCGACGUCAAGUUUGCCUGGCGAGGAGGGUCGAUAGCAAAUAUGCUCGCGACUCAAGAAAGUAGCAUGUAG